AUGAGAGCCUUGUCAGGUUUAGUACUGAUUAAUUUCAUAUGGGGAUACACGAACCCUUUCAUUGAUGCUGAUUAUACAAACAACAAACGAAAUUUGGACCGUCAAAUCGACGAUUCAGUGAUGAUCAAAAAUGCAGAUCACUCAUGGAGAUGGCUAUCACGAAGAUCAGUCAAAUGGCCGUCGAUAUUAACCAAUAGCCUGAAACAGCCAACGUUCGCCCUAAAUAAUGAAUCGAAUGUAUCAAAACACAUUCGUCGAAAACGAUGUUCGUGUGGGUGUGCUGGUUGUGAUAAACGUCCACUUCGUGCAUGUUGCCAACCAGAUUGCUGCUCAACAACACCAUUACCACGGUUGUGCUGUCCAAGUCCUGAGGAGCCAAAAUCAUGCCAUCCAACGACUUUCGCAGCCUGUUGUGCAGCUAACCCAGAUUUUUGUGGGAAAACGCGGUUUAAAAAUAAAUCAAAAUUCAGUCGAGAUGGUCAAGAUAGCAUUAAGGGAUUAUUACAUCCGAUCAUCAGAGCGCCAUGCUGUCCUCCGUCAAUCCCGAUACUUUCGAAAUCUCCAGCGUUACCACCCCCAUUACCGCCUCUUCCACCGGCCCGAUGUUGUCCACCGCCAAAACCGCGAAAACCUCUACAUGGUGGAAUGAAUUCGUGUGGACGACCAAAUUGCUACAACCGUCCAAUAAUUUGCUGUCCCCAACAAUCACCGUGCUGGCCACAUCAUACAAAACAUCCCUCACCGCGCACAUUAAGUCGCUGUGUUUCUCGUUCAUCAGCGAAGCGCUGCUGCAAUUUCGUAACUCCUUGUCUCAGAGCAUGUCCCGCAUGUCCGUGCAGAAGACGAUCACCACUUGGUAAACGAAUAAAUGGAUCAAAUAUGCAUUGCCAACCAUGUUACGCUGAAGGAGACACUGUUGGUAGGUCGGUGAGCGAGAUCGAUGAACUCUUAAAUCAGCAUUUCAAUUUGCCAGUCACCGCAGAAAAUUCUGGAGUUUUUACAGCAGAACCACAUUUCCUGCUCGGGAGAACUCACAUGAUGCGCCCUACACAUGAAUCGCAUUGGAAUCGUUUUCAAUCCGCAAUCGUGUUCCGCGUGGUGGCCGUGGUGGUAAAGCUUGCAUUGAUUAUCCGGAAUGUUUGCUGGNCCGAUGAAUUUACUAACUGUGUUCCUUGCCCUCGAUGGGUCACAGACAUCAUGCUUAGUCGAAAGAAACGGGACAAUGAGGAUGAAUCUGAAGGGCAUCGUCGUGAGAGUAAAUCAACGAAACCGUCGAAUCUUUUCACUGAAUCAUCCAAUCGCAAGACACGUUCGACGUCAGGAUCGUCCACUCGUUGCGAACCAUGUGAUGUUAAAGCAAGCGCACGUCAUCGUUCUAAUAGAAUGAAGAUUUUUCCCAUUCGAUCUCAGACAUAUCACUGUUAA